GUGGACCCACGUCAUUGCCUGCUUGUUUGCCGCUCGCCUCUCUCUCUCAAGCUUCCACUGAGAGACACGCAUUCUCUAGUCUGGCAUUGCCAGGAUAAAGAAGCUCUUCUUUAGUGCUCCUCAUCAAUCGCGCUAUAGGGCUGCGAAGCAUCGAAAUAUUUCGCGAUCCCCUGAUUUUCAGAGCGUCUAGGGCAUAGAUCGCUGCUCCAAUCAGGUCUUGGAAAGACUUUUGCGGCAUUGCUCGCUCUUCUCUCCAGCGCUAGGGUUUUACAGGCGAGGAGGCAUCACAAUGCGGGCGCUAUCGAUAAUCUGUGGCGCGCCAUAGCGGUGAGUCUGGCAGGGGCAUGGCUCCUGCUGCGGCCAUGGCCGGGCUCGCUUGCUCGUGCCUGGCGCUCAAUCACCACAGCUGGGGAAAUGCCGACGGAAUCCUCUCCGCUUGGCCAUCGCGAUCCCUGCAUGCUCACGGAAUCGCCAGCCGCCGCGUCGGGAGCAGCGGAUUUAGUAGAAGAGAUCUUCGUUUCUCCAGAUGGACAUUUGCGUGUCCAACUCCAGCUCACGCUCACGCUCAAGCAGCUCCGGUGAUACACGAGAAGAAUAAUCUGGUAAGCACCAAUCCAUCGAGCUUGCCACCACUCACCAGAGCUCCAGCUAGUUAUCCAGAGUGCCUUGAGAUCCAAGGCGGCACAGUUCUAUCUGGCCACGUCCAGAUAAGUGGUGCCAAGAACUCGGCGCUAGCAGUUCUCGCUGGUGCCUUGUGUACCAACGAUCAAGUCAGCCUCCGGAUGGUUCCGGACCUCCAUGACAUCCGGAGGAUGUUCCAGGUGCUCCAGUCAGUCGGGGUGCGCAUCAGACGAGAGGCUUGCGACAUUGUGAUUGACUCUCGUCAUAUCACUUCGGUGGAGCCGUGCCCCGACGUCGUGAGGAAGCUCAGAGCGAGCUUCUUUGUCAUCGGUGCUCUUGUGGGACGACAGGGUGAAGCGCUAGUUCCUCUACCUGGUGGUUGCAACAUUGGAGCUAGACCGAUUGAUCUUCACGUCCGUGGCUUGCAAGCUUUGGGAGCGCAAGUGAAAAUCAGGCAUGGGAAAGUCCAUGCUCGAGCAGCGAAUGGAUCAAAACUGGUCGGUGGGAGCUUCUGUCUUGACUAUCCGAGCGUUGGCGCGACGGAGACGUUGAUGAUGGCUGCGGCACUGGCAGAUGGCAAGUCGACGUUGUACAAUGUCGCUCAGGAACCCGAGGUUGUGGAUCUUGCGGAGUUUCUGAACUCUUGUGGUGCAAACAUAACUGGUGCAGGAACCAAGUGUCUCUCGGUCGAAGGGGUCCCGAGAUUGCACGGGACGUCGUUUACGAUAAUUCCAGAUCGCAUUGAAGCUGGGACAUUCUUGAUGGCCGCAGCCAUAACACGGUCAUCCAUUUCCAUGUCUCGAGUUGUGCCUCGACACUUGGUUGCUGUUGUGAGCAAGCUACAACAAAUCGGCUGCAAAAUUGUGCAAACCGCACCCGACGGGCUUGAGGUGACUUGCGGUUCGCGUCUCCAAAGUCUGGAUGUGACAACCCUUCCGUAUCCUGGUUUUCCUACUGACUUGCAACCACAGAUGUCAUCUCUUAUGACAACUUGUUGCGGACAAAGUAUCGUGGAAGAAACUGUAUUUGAGAACAGGAUGCGGCACGUGGAGGAGCUUCAAAAGCUGAGAGCUAAAAUAAGAGUGAGCAAGAACUUAGCAUUUAUAAGUGGCAAGGACCAAGGAAGCUCUUUAUACGGAGCCCCGGUUCUAGCAACGGAUUUACGAGCGGGAGCCGCUUUGGUUCUUGCUGGAAUGGCUGGUGAAGGCGUCACCACUAUUGAAGGUGUCAGUCACAUUGACAGGGGCUACGAAAAACUCGAUGUUAAACUCGCCAAACUCGGGGCCAAACUAACUAGGAAAGCUUGUUUGCCGUCUGAGCUGACACUUUGACGAGACGUUUCGUGCAGUUUUGUGCUGUGAUUUCUUUUUGCUGUUCCUCAUUUUGAGACGAUAAUCUGAGGAGGUAAUAAAUUUUUUCUCCAC